UCUUUUUUAGUCAAUUCAUAUUCUUUGCAAGGUUUUGGCCAAUCUUUCGUUAAUUUUAGGUAGCUAUGGCUGGACGCGGACGCCAUGGUGUGUCAUUUUCCAAACCUUCCGAACCAAGCUUCAUCAAACAGUUCAAGGAACGCGUAGGAUACAAGGAGGGACCAGAUAUCAACACAAAAAAAGCAGCAGAGAAACCACCAGAUGAAGAGGAGGAUGCAAGGGAUGACAGAGAUGAUGAGAAGCCAACAGUAGUAGUGUUGGGGAAAGGAGACCUCACCCAGGAGGAGGCUGAAAAAUGGGAAGAAGAAAAGGAAAAGAAAGAUGAAGCAACAGCAAUAGCUGAGGGCAAAAUCACAUUCAAGAAGCCAGUAAAGAGGUCGGCCGAGGACCAGUCAGAAUUAAAUGCCAGCACAUCAAAGAAGAAGAAAGACGACAAACCUGACAAGAAGAGUAAAAUGAAGAAAGUGAAAAAUUCUAGUUUGUUAUCUUUUGGAGACGAUGAGGAAGAAGAGGAUGGCUGAUGGAAAUACACUGAAUCCUCAAUAACUGAUGUUGGCAUGGUAACUUAACCUGUGUUAUAGAAGCAUGAAGCUGCCAAAGCAUGGUCACUGUAAAUAAAAGUACAUAUGUUGACAUUCUCUUAAUGUUUUAUUGAUGUGCUUUGAUAAUAAAAAUGAAAAUAAC